AUGCCUAAAUUCAAGUCAUCUCUCAUAGAGACUAUAAAGAUAUUUGCGAUGACUUGCAGUUGCACAAGGAGAGAUCAUUUCACUUCUUUGGAAGGUGAAUCAAGCCUCGGACCAGACACAAAGUUCUAUAAAACAAUCGAUGGCAUUCGACUUGACUGUCUCUUGAUUGAAGUCAAAUGCCCAAAUAGUACUAGCGAUGACGAUCUCUUCAAGCUGUCUAUAGAAAUGCAAUACACUUUGAAUCGUUUGGUAGAGCACGGGGUUGAUAAUCCUGAUGUAUACGGUGUGCUAGUGUACAGCUUAAAAGAAACAAAUCAAAGGAAGAAUGAUGAAUAG